ACGCGGUGGAGGAAGGGCGCUGGCGCUUUUUUACGCGCUGCGCUUGGGGGAAAGGCCUGCUCUGCACCGCGCCUGUGGAUCCUCAACCUGGGGAACGACCUUCCGGCGGGUCACGGCGGGACAAGCGGCGAACUUGGCAGGGGCUGUGCAUUCCCCUAAGGGCCGGGCAAGCGUCGCGGCGGAGGCGCGGCUGGCUGGCCGGCUGGCUGGCUAGCGGGCAUCGGUUCUAACGCGGCGAGGCUCCUCCUCCUCCUCCGCCUCCUCCAUCCACUUCCCCGAAGUCAGCAUGGCGGUCAAGGUUCAGACAACCAAAAGAGCUGAUCCAAUCGAACUACGUAACAUUUUUUUGCAGUAUGCCAGUGUUGAACACGAAGGCGAACGUUACAUGACACCAGGAGAUUUUGUGCAGCGAUAUCUGGGACUGUACACGGACCCUCAUUAUAACCCUAAGACUGUGCAGCUGUUGGCAGGAGUAGCUGAUCAGACAAAGGAUGGAUUGAUCUCCUAUCAAGAGUUUCUGGCAUUUGAGUCAGUUUUAUGCACACCGGAUGCGAUGUUCAUUGUUGCUUUUCAAUUGUUUGACAAGAGCGGCAAUGGAGAAGUGACCUUUGAAAAUGUAAAAGAAAUAUUUGGGCAGACCAUUAUUCAUCAUCACAUACCUUUUAAUUGGGACUGUGAGUUUAUCCGCUUGCACUUUGGACAUAACAGAAAGAAACACCUGACAUAUUCAGAAUUCACUCAGUUUUUGCAGGAGCUGCAGUUAGAGCACGCACGGCAAGCAUUUGCACUGAAAGAUAAAAACAAAACCGGCAUGAUUACCGGUUUGGAUUUCAGCGACAUCAUGGUCACUAUUCGCUCUCACAUGCUCACUCCUUUUGUGGAAGAAAACCUAGUCUCAAGUAUGAUCUAUUUCACGCCACCCAAUGUCAGCUUUUCCUAUUUCAAUGCUUUUAAUGCCUUGUUGAACAACAUGGAGCUUGUUCAAAAGAUAUACAGCCUUAUAGGAGGUGCUAGGAAAGAUGUAGAAGUUACAAAAGAGGAAUUCUCCCAAUCUGCUAUCAAAUUUGGGCAAAUUACACCUUUGGAAAUUGAUAUCCUCUAUCAGCUGGCUGAUUUAUACAAUGCUACCGGACGCUUAACGCUGGCUGACAUUGAGAGAAUAGCACCCUUGGCUAAGGGGUACGUUGCUUACACCUUAGCAGAGAACUUUCCAGAGGCAGAGCGACAAACUCAAUCUUACAGCAAUCUGGGCAGACCCAUCUGGCUCCAGGCAGCUGAGUCUGCUUACAGGUUCACUCUGGGCUCAAUUGCUGGAGCUGUUGGGGCUACUGCUGUGUACCCCAUUGAUCUGGUGAAGACCCGUAUGCAGAACCAACGCACCUCUGGGUCAGUCGUCGGAGAGCUGAUGUACAAAAACAGCUUCGAUUGUUUUAAGAAAGUGUUGCGCUAUGAAGGCUUUUUUGGACUUUACAGAGGGUUACUUCCACAACUUAUUGGCGUUGCUCCCGAAAAAGCUAUUAAGCUUACAGUUAACGACUUUGUCAGAGACAAAUUCACACAGAAAGAUGGUUCCAUUCCCCUGUUUUCAGAGGUCCUGGCCGGUGGCUGCGCUGGAGCUUCACAGGUCAUCUUCACGAAUCCCCUGGAGAUUGUCAAGAUUCGGUUGCAAGUAGCAGGAGAAAUCACAACAGGGCCCAGGGUUAGCGCCCUCACUGUCCUGAAGGACUUGGGAAUCUUCGGUCUGUACAAGGGUGCCAAAGCGUGUUUCCUCCGAGACAUUCCCUUUUCUGCAAUCUAUUUCCCUGUUUAUGCUCAUUGCAAACUGAUGCUUGCAGAUGAAAAUGGCCACGUGGGAGGGCUUAAUCUCCUGACGGCUGGUGCUAUUGCAGGUGUGCCUGCAGCUUCCUUGGUAACCCCCGCUGAUGUCAUCAAGACAAGACUGCAAGUGGCCGCUCGUGCAGGUCAGACCACGUACAACGGCGUUAUCGACUGUUUCGGGAAGAUUCUUAGAGAAGAAGGCCCCAUUGCUUUUUGGAAGGGAGCUGGAGCACGAGUGUUCCGAUCUUCGCCCCAGUUUGGUGUUACUCUGCUGACCUACGAACUUCUGCAGCGAUGGUUCUACAUUGAUUUUGGAGGAAUCAAACCUUCCGGGUCAGAACCUACACCCAAGUCUCGGAUCUCGGACCUUCCUCCUGUUAAUCCAAAUCAUAUAGGUGGCUACCGACUUGCUACAGCUACCUUCGCUGGUAUAGAGAACAAGUUUGGCCUCUCUCUUCCAAAGUUUCGAUCAGCUGGUACCGCUUCAGUACAACCCAAAGCAGCAACUGAAUCCUGAGCUGGUCUUUCAAGCCAAAUCCAAAUGGUGCAAUGGACAUCUAUAUAGGUAGUCCUUUCCCCUUCCUCCUCUGGCCAGUUGCAUGAUACUCUAGCUGGACAGAGAGUUUGACAUCAAAUCACUCCUUUCUAUACAAAACGUGAUUAAUUAUUUGCACAUGGGAGACUGAUUCAAGCUUUUAAGUUCUAUGCAUAGACCCUCUGCCCAGUGGCAUGAAUUAGUAACCCAAGGCUUGGCUUUGCACAGCUGUUUUGUUUUUUUUUGCACUCCAUGAGACUGUACAUAUUGUACAUCUUUGUACAGAGACAUCAUCAUGGCAUUGAAAUGCAGUGGCAUUUAUCAAAGGCAUUGCGGUUCCAAAUGGUUUGAAAUGUACAGAAUGUUUUGAAAGUGUUUUAUUAAAAAUCAUGUGGAAAUAAACUUUAUUUAAAACCA